AUGCCUCUCCUCCUCGCCCGCGCGUCUCCACCGGCGCUCCGCCACCACCACCACCGCGGCCUGUCCCCGCCGCGCCCCACCACCAGGCCCCGCCGCCUCCGCCUCCGCCUCCGCGGCUCCGGCUCCGACCCCCCGCAGCAGCAGCAGCAGGUCAACCUCUCCGUCCUCCGCUUCACCCUCGGGAUUCCCGGGCUGGACGAGUCGUACCUCCCGCGGUGGAUAGGCCUCGGUUUCGGCGCCCUCGUGCUCCUCAACCACGUCCUCUCCCCGUCGCCCACCCCCGCGCAGCUCAGGUCGGAGGUCCUCGGGCUGUGCCUGGCGGCGUUCUCAGCGACGCUGCCGUACCUCGGGAGGUUCCUAGAGGGUGCGGGUGCUGCUGAACGUGUGCCCUUGCCUGAGGGGAGCAGGCAGGUGUUUGCCAUGUCUGAUAGCCUGUCAGCAGCACAGAAGGAGGACAUGGCGUGGGCUUCCUACGUUCUGUUACGGAACACAAACACAACAUCGGUGCUCAUAGCAAUUGGCAGUCAGUUGUGCAUACGAGGAUAUUGGGAUCCACCUGAAAAGAUUUCCAAAUAUGCCAUGAUUGAGUGGUUCAAAAGUCAGAUGCAGGAAGCUGGAAUUAUUGAUUUGAGGGAGGCUUUGUACAUCCCCAUCUUUUCUGACACUCGGCUUGGGAAGAUUCUUCCACAAGGGAUUCUUUCUGUGCUGGCACAGCCAGUUCUGAACAACCCUGAUCCAACUACCGGUGAAAUAAAAGCCGAAGGUUUCAUCCUGUUGGCCUCCAAUGCAAAUUAUGCAUACAGUGAGAAAGAUAGGAUUUGGAUUAGAACAGUUGCAAAUAAAUUUCAAUGUGCAUAGUUCAGAAAUACCGAAGGUAUUCCUAUACCUUGAAACUGACUAUUUUUUCUUUUUCAGCUAUACGAACUUCACAUUUUGCAACUGUUUAUUUUAUUAAACAAGGGCAGUAGCCACCUGUCCAGCAGUAGGUCUAUGCAAUAAACUAUUGACAAAAUGUUUACUUUA